UAUCACACAAACACAAAUACGCGCGCUUCUUUCUUUUCCAUAGCUGCUGCUUGCUUCUCUUCUCUUCUCCUCCCUCUCUCCCGUCGCAGAACCUCCCUCUUCAGGGGGGAGAAACCCCAGUAGUUCGGAGUACUUCUGCUGCGAGGUAAGUAUAAUCUGACCAAAAAAAUUGUUCCAUCCAGAAAUAAAACUCACUUCAUCUUUUGAAGUUUUCUUUUGCAAUCUAAGUAGGUAAAAAAUGAUUAAUCCAGAAACGUUUACUCAAAAAACAAAUGAAGCAGUUGCCAGUGCUCAUGAACUAGCAAUAACUUCAGGACAUGUUCUGCUGAAUCCCCUACACCUUGCAUCAACUCUAAUUUCUGAACCCAAUGGUAUAUUUUUUCAAGCAAUUUCCAAUGUUGGUGGUCAAGAAUCUGCACGCGCUUUCGAUAGAGUAAUAAAACAAUCAUUGAAGAAACUGCCUACUCAAUCUCCUCCGCCAAAUGAUGUACCUGCAAGUACUUCGCUUAUGAAUGUCAUGAAGAGAGCACAGGUAGCACAGAAGUCAUGCGGCGACACUCAUUUAGGAGUUGAUCAAUUGAUAUUGGGACUUCUUGAGGAUUCUCAAAUUGAAGACUUUUUGAAGCAAUCUAAUGUGGAUGUUUCUAACGUUAAAUCGGAGGUCGAAAAGCAGCGUGCUAAGGAAGGGGAGAAAGGUGAUAGUGCUUAUGGUGACACAAUUCAAGCUUUGAAACUUUAUGGUAGAGACUUGGUUGAACAAGCAGGUAAACUUGAUCCUGUUAUUGGACGCGAUGAAGAGAUAAGAAGGGUUGUGAGGAUAUUGUCAAGAAGGACUAAGAACAAUCCUGUACUUAUAGGUGAGCCAGGUGUUGGUAAAACAGCUGUUGUUGAAGGGUUGGCUCAGAGAAUAGUUAAAGGAGAUAUUCCUAGAGAUCUAUCUGAUGUACGGUUAAUUGCUUUGGAUAUGGGAGCAUUAGUUGCUGGUGCUAAGUAUUUGGGAGAAUUUGAAGAGAGGUUGAAGACAGUUUUAAAAGAAGUGGAAGAUGCCGAAGGGAAGGUUGUUCUUUUCCUUGAUGAAAUUCAUCUUGUUCUUGGUGCUGGUCGAACUCAAGGAGCAAUGGAUGCUGCUAACCUUUUCAAACCUAUGCUUGCUCGCGGCCAACUUAGAUGCAUUGGUGCAACAACACUUGAUGAAUAUAGGAAAUAUGUUGAAAAGGAUGCAGCAUUUGAAAGAAGGUUUCAACAGGUUUAUGUUGAUGAACCUAGUGUGCCUGAUACCAUCAGUAUUCUUCGUGGAUUAAAAGAGAAAUAUGAGGGUUAUCAUGGUGUUAGAAUUCAAGAUCGCGCAAUUGUUGUUGCAGCUCAGUUGUCUAGUCGGUACAUAUCUGGACGUCAACUUCCUGACAAGGCAAUUGAUUUAGUUGACGAGGCUUGUGCAAAUGUUAAAGUUCAACUUGAUAGUCAGCCAGAGGAAAUUGACAUCCUUGAAAGGAAGAUAAUGCAAUUGGAAGUGGAACUUCAUGCUCUCGAAAAAGAGGACGACAAAGCUAGCAAAGCUCGUCUUGUAGAUGUGCGGAAAGAACUUGGUGACUUAAGAGACAAGCUUCAACCUCUGAAGACAAAGCAUAGUAAAGAGAAUGAGAGGAUCAAUGAGAAACGAAGGCUGAAGCAGAAACGUGAAGAGCUGAUCUUGUCUUUAGAGGAGGCCGAGAGGAGGUAUGAUCUUGCAAGAGCUGCAGACCUACGUUAUGGUGCAAUCGACGAGGUGGAAAAUGCAAUUAAACAGCUUGAAGGUAGCACUGAUGGGGAGAACUUGAUGUUGACAGAAACUGUUGGACCAGACCAAAUAGCUGAGGUUGUUAGCCGAUGGACGGGUAUACCAGUGACCCGGCUCGGCCAAAAUGAGAUAGAAAGGUUGGUCAGACUUGGUGAGAGAUUGCACAAUAGAAUUGUGGGACAAAACCAAGCAGUUGAUGCUGUUGCUGAGGCUGUAUUGAGAUCAAGAGCCGGUUUAGGAAGACCUCAACAACCAACUGGUUCCUUCCUAUUCCUCGGUCCAACUGGUGUUGGUAAAACAGAACUUGCCAAGGCUCUUGCUGAAGAAUUUUUUGAUAAUGAAAAUCAGAUGGUUAGAAUGGACAUGUCGGAAUACAUGGAACAACACUCUGUAUCAAGAUUGAUCGGUGCACCACCAGGGUAUGUCGGACAUGAGGAAGGCGGACAAUUAACUGAAUCUGUAAGGAGAAGGCCAUACAGCGUGGUACUGUUUGAUGAAGUGGAGAAAGCGCAUACAUCUGUAUUCAACACACUACUUCAAGUCUUAGAUGAUGGGAGAUUAACUGAUGGACAAGGCAGAACUGUGGAUUUUAGGAACACAGUCAUUAUCAUGACUUCAAACCUCGGCGCUGAGUAUCUCCUAAGUGGACUUUCAGGAAAAUGUACCAUGGAAGUUGCUCGCAACCAAGUAAUGCAGGAAGUACGAAAGCAUUUCAGGCCAGAAUUGUUGAAUCGUCUGGACGAAGUAGUUGUAUUCGAUCCUCUUUCUCACGAGCAAUUGAGGAAGGUUUCAAGGUUGCAAAUGAAGGAUGUAGCUAAUCGUCUUGCUGAGAAAGGAGUUGCAUUGGCAGUUACAGAUGCAGCACUUGAUUAUAUACUUGCUCAGAGCUAUGAUCCUGUGUAUGGUGCUAGACCAAUUAGAAGGUGGAUUGAGAAGAAGGUAGUGACAGAGCUGUCGAGGAUGCUUAUAAGAAAAGAAAUUGAUGAGAAUACAACGGUUUACAUUGAUGCUGAUCCUGAGGGAAGUCGUUUGGUAUACCGUGUAGAAAAUAAUGGAGGGAUUAAUGCUGAAACUGAGAUGAACUCGGAUAUUUUGAUUCAGAUAACAAAUGCACCAGAAAAUGAUUCUACUCCGCCUUCCAAUAAAAGGAAAAUUGACGAAGGCCUUUUAAUGAUAGAGUUACCGCCAACGAAAAAACACAUGUUUGAAUAAAUUUUAUUAGUUGUACUCAAGUUUUUGUGUGGACAGUUACUCAUGUUUAGUUUGUGUUCUUCUUGAACAUUAGUUUUGUUAAAGUUAUGAAUCUGAAUGGAAAGUUCCUUGCUUUUUGUCAUCAAUAAAUUUAGUUUAUGGUUAUAAAAGAACUUGUAUUUCCUUAUGCUGGUUUUCACAUUGAGCAUAUCAAGUAUUCUUAACACAGAAGAUCAAAUAUUAUUAGGACAACACAAUUCCUUAACUAGUAGUAUCUUUUUCUGCCCCAACAGAUAGAAAAAUUGAAUGGAAGAGUCACCAGAAGGGCUUCAUGAAUGGCAUCAUUUACAUUUUGCAAGGAAUCUCACCUGUCGUGGAGUUAUUGGUAUGUGAGAGUUUCUUCAAUCGGAACAAUCGACCUAGUUCAUGUCGGAUUUUUCCAAAGAAACUAUUGUUUGCAUGGUUGAGAUUUAUCAAAAAAGAGAGAUUGCCGACAUGGGGAGAUAUGAAGCCAUGCAACUUGUAGUGAGUUGAAGUAUUCCAAGAGGCCAGCCAAGAUUUCAUAUGGGUCAUUAGAUAUUGAUUCUUUGAAUUUGAGCAAUGCCAAGUUAUCUGUCUCCUUUCCUAAGGUAGAGGCAAUUGUGUUUUAGACGAAAAGUUGAAAGCACAAAGAAGAUAUAACCAGAAUGAAAAUGUUGGAAACAUGGCAGGAAAAGUUUUUGAGGAACAAUGGAUUAUUUUAGUUUUUAGAUUGCGAAGAAAUUUGAGCAUGCUGUGUAGUUUUUGGUAGUUGAGUGGAAACACAAGGUUCUUCCUCCUUUCAUUGUUUUUCUGUUAUGCAUUUUAAACACACAUACAGGAGGUAUAUAGCAUAUAUAUUAAUAUGCAUUUUUCAAUCACUUACUCAUAUGGUGCUUCAUUCAAGAUAUUUUCAUGGGUGAAGGAAGAGUUCACAUUUUAACUUGCGGGCGGUGUCUCGUUCAAAAUAUUUUCAUGGGGGUGAGUGUAUUUUGCUACCAAUUUCCCAUCUGUUUGUUAUUUAAUAAGGUUCU